AUGAUGUCAAGAUGGAAAUACUAGCCUUUCUCCAGCCAAACAUUCUCUGUAUAGUUUUGGGCAUAGUGGUGUGUAUAUUGGUAUGGAUGAACAGAGGGAAGCAAAGGAGCUUUGGAAGAUUACCCCCGGGGCCUUGUCCGGUACCACUUAUAGGAAACCUACUGCAAAUAGACCUGAAGGAGCCAUACAAGUCUUAUCAGGAGCUUUGUAAGAAGUAUGGGCCUGUGUGUACUAUCUGGCUGGCCAACAAACCAGUGGUGAUCUUGUCAGGUUAUCAGACCAUCAAAGAUGCCCUCGUCCUCCAGGGAGAGGAGUUCAAUGGGAGAGCUCAAUACCCUUUCCUGGAAGCAAGACAUUCUGGUGGACUCUUCAAUCCCAGAGAGCUGCUGUGUAAUGCCGUGGCCAAUGUAAUCUGCUCCAUAAUGUUUGGGCAGCGCUUUGAAUAUAAAGAUCCUGAUUUCUUGCUGCUCUAUAAUGCAGUCACUGAUGUCUUCAUCGUCCUCAACAGUCCCAUUGGCCAGCUCUACAACUUGUUUCCUGGAAUUCUUGACCGUCUUCCUGUAAAGCACAGAGACAUGUUUGCGUUGCUGCAGGACGCUCAAGCUUAUGUGAAGAGGGAGGCAGACACCCGACUUAAGCACCUGGAUGUCAACUCCACACCACAGGACUAUAUUGAGGCCUUCAUGAUUAAAAUGAUCCAGGAGAAGGACGUCCCAAAUAGUGAGUUUCAUUAUGACAACCUGCUGGGCAGUGUGUGGAACCUGUUUUCAGCUGGAACUGAGACGACCUCCUCCACCCUGAGACAAAUGAUACUGAUGAUGAUCAAGCACCCACACAUUCAAGCACGUGUCCAAAAAGAGAUCGAUGAGGUGGUUGGACAGGAGAGAAGCCCCUCAAUGGACGACAGGUCUAAGAUGCCGUACACGGACGCCGUUAUUCACGAGGUCCAGCGCUACAUGGACCUGACCCCGACCUCUGUGCCUCACAAGGUCACUGUCGACACAGAGUUCAAGAACUACCACAUCCCCAAGGUGAGAGAGUUCUUGAACUACCACAUCCCCAAGGUGAGAGUUCUUGAACUACUGCAUCCUCAAGUCACCAGACAGUGCUGUAAGCUGAGUGGGGAGGUGUUCGGCAGAGAAGUAACCAUCGUUGACACUCCUGGCCUCUUCGACACCUCGUUACCUGAACCCACUGUGAAGAGGGAGAUCUCCAAAUGCAUCAACAUGUCGGCCCCAGGGCCCCACGCCAUCCUGCUGGUCAUCAAGGUGGGGCCGUUCACCAAUGAGGAGCAAGACGCUGUGAGGCAGGUGGAGGAGAUCUUUGGAGAGGAUGCCUGGAGGCACACCAUAAUCCUCUUCACCCAGGACGACCAAGCUGAGCCAGACAUCGAUAGACAACUGAGGGAGGCAGGACCUGAGCUGCAGUCGAUCCUAAAGAAAGUGGAAAACAGAUUCCACUGCCUCCAUAACAACCAAGUUGAUGAUCGUAGCCAGGUCCUGGACCUGCUGGAGAUGGUGGAGAAGAUGGUUGAUGCCAACAGUGGACAGUGUUACUCCAACUACACCUAUAUUGAGGUGGUGGAGAUGUUGGCCCAGAGAGAGUUGGAGCUCAGAGAGUUCUAUGAGAAGAAACUGAAGGAGAAAAUAAAAGCUGUAGAGUCAAAGUACGAGAAGAUGCUGAUGGAGGCUCAACAAGGUCAACCAGACACAAAGAAACGACGGAAGCGUAACUGCCUGGGAGAGGGUCUGGCGCGGAUGGAGCUCUUCCUCUUCACAUCCUCUCUUCUCCAGCGCUUCACCUUCGUGGGCACCAAGCCCCCAGAGGAGAUCGACACCACCCCCAAGUGCUGUAGUUUUGGCCGGCUGCCUCGUGUCUACGACUGCUAG